AUGCACAAUUUUGAAUUAGAGGGGCCAACACAUAAUCUUGAGUUAGGUGGGCCGAAAGCUUUACGAAAAGAAUUCCCUAAUUAUGAAGUUUAUUUUUUUGAGAUCCAUAAGGCAAUGGCAAAAUAUUAUAGUGAAAAACAAAAGGAUAUGUCAAAUGAUUCUACAUCCUUGUAUGAAGAAUUAAUAAGAAGAAAAAAUGAAAAUCCUC